CCGCCUCGCCGCACCAUGAAGCUCCGCAGCAAGGCGGCGGCGCUGCUCCUGCUCGCGCUGGCCGCGCUGCUGCUGGCGCUGCUGUCCCUGCGCGCUGGCCGCGCUGAGCCCCCAGCGCCUCCCGCACGCCCCGCGUCCGCCCCGCAGCGCCACCCCGCGCCGGUCCCCGCGCGCUGGCCGGCACCCGGCGCCCUCCCCGUGGCCAGCCCGGGAGUUCGGAGGCGCCGGCCCCAGCGUCCGCGCCCCCGAGCGGGCCGCCGGGGCGCUGCGAGACUGGAGAAGUUGGCGAGAAGGCCUGGAGAACCCAGGAGUUUCCAAGCUGUGCUGCCACCCGAGCUCUGGAUCCACCUGGCUGUGGUGGCCUGUGGCAAUCGGCUGGAGGAGACGCUGGUCAUGCUCAAAUCAGCUGUGCUCUUUAGCCACAGGAAGAUCCAAUUCCACAUCUUCACUGAAGACUCUCUGAAGCCCGAGUUUGAUAAGCAGUUGCGCCAGUGGCCUGACUCAUAUACAAAGAAGUUUGAGCACAGAAUCUACCCCAUCACAUUUUCUGUUGGAAACCCUCAGGAGUGGAAGAAAUUGUUCAAACCCUGUGCUGCCCAGAGACUCUUUCUUCCGGUGAUUUUAAAGGAUGUGGACUCACUUCUCUAUGUGGACACCGAUGUUCUCUUUCUGAGACCUGUCGAUGACAUCUGGAAGCUUCUGAGGCUGUUUAAUUCCACCCAGCUUGCAGCCAUGGCCCCUGAGCACGAAAUCCCCAAGAUUGGCUGGUACAGCCGCUUUGCAAGGCAUCCUUUCUAUGGCUCUGCAGGAGUUAAUUCAGGAGUCAUGUUAAUGAAUUUAACUCGGAUAAGAAGUACCCAGUUCAAGAACAGCAUGAUUCCAACAGGCCUGGCUUGGGAGGACAUGUUGUACCCUCUGUACCAGAAGUACAAGAAUGCCAUCACGUGGGGAGACCAGGAUUUAUUAAAUAUUAUUUUUUAUUUCAAUCCAGAGUGUCUCUAUGUAUUCCCCUGCCAGUGGAACUACCGUCCCGAUCACUGCAUGUAUGGAAGCAACUGCAGAGAGGCUGAGCGUGAAGGUGUGUCUGUUCUGCAUGGAAACCGAGGCGUCUACCAUGACGAUAAGCAACCGACAUUCAAAGCACUCUAUGAAGCAAUACGGGAUUUUCCCUUUCAAGACAAUCUCUUUCAAUCCAUGUAUUACCCGCUUCAGCUGAAGUUUUUGGAGACUGUGCACACUUUAUGUGGACGGAUCCCGCAAGUUUUUCUGAAGCAAAUUGAGAAAACAAUGAAAAGGGCUUAUGAGAAACACGUCAUCAUCCAUGUUGGCCCCAACCAGAUGCACUGAAUAUUUUGUCUUGUUGCAAGUCAAUUCGGUGUCUUGUGACCAAGGAAAUAUUAAUCUCUAAGCUGCCUGGGUCUUUUUGUGUGAAUAUUUAAUGGUGCUCCAUGACUGUUGAGUUUUAAAAACCUCGUUAAAUUUUGCCAAAUCAGUUGCCCCCCAAAAGAGAAUAUGCUUUUCCUUAUUUUUUUCUAAAAUGCUAUUUAUCUCUAAG